AUGCUUCUGCUUCUUGUGAUUAUUGGAAUGGGGAUUUGCAAGGAAAAUGCUGUAAUCCUGAUUCUUUGUAGGAACAGUGACAAGAACGGAAUAACAGAAACGAUAAAGAACUUUGAGGAGAUGUUUAACAAAAACUUUGGGUAUCCGUACGUGUUCCUGAAUGACGAGGAGUUUACCGAAGACUUCAAGAAAUCCAUAAAGGGCAUUACAUCUAGCAGUGUUGAAUUUGGAAAGCUUGAUCCUGAAGAAUGGGAGGUUCCACCAUGGAUAGAUAUGGAAAAAGCAAAACAAGGAAUGAAGAACUUGGAAGAAAGAAAGAUUAUUUAUGGAGGGUCUCUGUCAUAUAGGAAGAUGUGUAGAUUCUUUUCAGGGUUCUUUUAUAAGAACAAGCUGGUUCAGAAGUAUGACUAUUAUUGGAGGAUAGAACCAGAUGUGAAGUUUCUAUGCCAGAUAGAGUACGACCCAUUUACAUAUCUGAGGGAAAACAACAAACAAUAUGGAUUUGUGAUAUCUCUUGUCGAGUUCAUGGAGACGAUUCCUAGCCUUUUUGGAGAAGCGAUAAAAUUUGCAACAAAGAAUCUAAAUCUAAUAAAGAAGGCCAAUGGAAAUAGAUUCAUACUGAACAAGGACGGAUCGUAUAACGGAUGUCACUUCUGGUCGAAUUUUGAGAUAGCAAACUUUGGUUUUUUCAGAAGUGAGACAUAUCAAAAGUAUUUUGAUUGGUUAGAUAGAGCUGGAGGCUUUUUCUAUGAGAGGUGGGGAGAUGCGCCUGUGCAUAGCAUUGCAGCAUCUCUUUUUUUGGAUAAGGACGAGAUCCAUUUUUUCAGUGAUAUAGGAUACGAGCACCCUCCGUUCCGCCACUGCCCAAGGGAGGCAUCGAUGAAAUCGAAGUGCAAGUGCAGCAUCACGGAUUCGAUGGAUAUAUCUUCGAACACAUGCCUGGGGAUGUACAUAAAAUCUCUUUUGUGA